CCGUACUACACUGAAGGGACUGAUCAGUUCUAAAGGAAUAAAAUAAAUUCAAGCCAAUACAGCAUGGCACAGAAAGAGAAGCUCCAGUGUCUGAAGGACUUCCAUAAGGACACGCUGAAGCCUUCCCCAGGGAAGAGCCCGGGCACCCGGCCCGAGGACGAGGCAGAGGGGAAGCCCGUCCAGAGGGAGAAGUGGAACUCCAAGCUUGACUUUAUCCUGUCCGUCGCUGGCGGCUUCGUGGGUUUGGGGAACGUCUGGCGUUUCCCAUACCUCUGCUAUAAGAAUGGCGGAGGUGCAUUUCUCAUCCCGUACUUCAUCUUCCUCUUCGGCGGAGGUCUACCUGUGUUUUUCCUGGAGGUGGCCCUCGGACAGUACACCUCCGAGGGUGGAAUCACCUGCUGGGAAAAACUUUGCCCCAUCUUUACUGGUAUCGGCUAUGCUUCGAUUGUGAUCGUGUCCCUCCUGAACAUCUACUACAUAGUGAUCCUGGCCUGGGGUUUGUACUACCUGUUCCAGUGCUUCCAGCCGGAGCUGCCCUGGGCCAAGUGUAAGAACCCCUGGAACACAGACCGCUGUGUGGAGGACACCGUACGUAAGAACAAGACUCUGAUGCUGGCCGCUAACAUCACCAACUUCACCUCGCCCGUCACCGAGUUCUGGGAACGUAACGUCCUUAGCAUCUCCAGUGGCAUCGAUGAAAUCGGGGAGGUCAAGUGGGACCUUGCUCUGUGUCUGCUGGGGGUCUGGGUCAUCUGUUUCUUCUGUAUCUGGAAGGGAGUCAAAUCCACUGGGAAGGUUGUGUACGUCACUGCUACCUUCCCCUUCGUCAUGCUGAUCAUUCUGUUGAUCCGCGGCGUCACUCUGCCAGGAGCAUCUGAAGGAAUCAAGUUCUACCUGUACCCAGACCUGCAACGUCUCAAAGACCCUGAGGUUUGGAUUGAUGCAGGGACUCAGAUCUUCUUCUCCUAUGCCAUCUGUCUGGGAGCUAUGACGUCACUGGGGAGCUACAACAAAUACAAAUACAACUGCUAUAGGGACUGUUUGCUGCUGGGAGGCCUCAACAGCGGUACCAGUUUUGUGUCUGGCUUCGCAAUAUUUUCCGUCCUGGGCUUCAUGGCACAAGAGCAAGGGGUGGACAUUGCCGAUGUGGCAGAGUCAGGUCCUGGCUUGGCCUUCAUUGCCUAUCCUAAAGCUGUGUCUAUGAUGCCGCUGCCAACCUUCUGGGCUAUCCUCUUCUUCAUCAUGCUUCUGCUACUGGGUCUCGACAGUCAGUUUGUGGAAGUGGAAGGACAGAUCACCUCCUUGGUGGAUCUGUAUCCCUCCUUCCUAAGGAAGGGUUACCGUCGGGAACUUUUUAUAGCUACAGUGUGCUCCAUAAGCUAUCUUCUGGGACUUACCAUGGUUACUAGGGGUGGCAUGUAUGUAUUUCAACUCUUUGACUACUAUGCAGCCAGCGGUGUGUGCCUUUUGUGGGUUGCAUUCUUUGAAUGUAUUGCUGUAGCCUGGGUUUAUGGCGUUGAUAAUUUCUAUGAUGCGAUUGAAGACAUGAUUGGCUACAGACCAAAUCCCUGGAUGAAAUGGAGCUGGUCUUUAAUCACACCUCUUCUUUGUGUGGGUUGCUUUGUCUUCUCCUUGGUCAAAUACAAACCUUUGACUUACAACAAGGUUUACGAGUACCCCGACUGGUCCAUCGGUGUGGGCUGGACUCUGGCCCUGGCUUCUAUGAUCUGUAUUCCUAUGGUGGUGGUCAUCAAGAUCAUCCAGUCCGAUGGACCACUCAUAGAGAGGAUCAAGGCUGUGGCAGCUCCGCUGGGAGGUGCUAGCUCCCGUCCAGUCGACCACCGUCCCAAGGGCAUGUCUGCCGAGCUGGCCUACCCCCUGGACCCUAACGGGAACAACGGCCUGAUCAAGCCCACCCACACUAUUGUAGAAACUAUGAUGUGAGCGCUCUCUGUGAGAGGAACGAAUUGAAGAAGAAAAAAAAAAUGACCCGCUUUCUAUGUUAUUAUACUAUAUUAUCACUAAACUAGUUAUAGGACCAGGUUUACAUUGCUAUGUAUCUGCACUAGGAGUCUUCUUUUUGUUUUGUUUUCUACAGAGGAAGUUACAUUAUUGGUUUCCUGUCUAUGUUUUUAAUAUUUUUUAUUAAACUAUUGUUAUUAA